GAAUUGUAAUUUUUUCCGAAUUGUCAAUGUGGAAUAAAAAAUGAUUCGACGUCAACAACGGUUACGACGCGAAUAUUUGAUUCGUAAAUCUCAGGAGGAACAAAAACGAGCGAUUACAGAGAAAAAACAACGUCUUAAAGAUGCCCUUCAGCAACGAAAAAAGAUUCCCACCGACCUAAAAAAUGAUGCAUUAUCAUUACAAAACACGCUUGAAUGGGAUGACCCGGCAUCCGAAUUAGUUACAUCACAUGAAGAUGAUGAAUAUCGUUGGGCUGGUGUUGAGGAUCCAAAAGUGGUCAUAACAACAUCACGUGAUCCAAGUUCAAGAUUAAAAAUGUUUGCCAAAGAAUUCAAAUUAAUCAUACCAAAUUCACAACGAAUCAAUCGUGGUAAUUAUCAUAUGAAACAGCUAAUCCAAACAUGUAAAGCGAAUAAUGUCACCGAUUUUAUUAUCAUUCAUGAAACACGUGGUAAUCCGGAUGGAUUGGUCAUUAGCCAUUUACCAUUUGGUCCAACUGCCUAUUUUCAGAUAUUGAAUACGGUCAUGCGACAUGAUAUACCUGAUGUUGGUACAAUGUCUGAACAAUAUCCACAUUUAAUAUUCGAUAAUUUUAGUGGUAAAAUUGGUCGACGUGUACAGAAUAUUCUUCGUUAUUUAUUUCCCGUUCCAAAAGAUGAUAGUAAACGUGUAAUGACAUUGGCUAAUCAAAAUGAUUAUAUAUCAUUUCGUCAUCAUGUUUAUAAAAUGAUUGAUGGCCGUGUUGAAUUGGCCGAAGUUGGACCACGAUUCGAAUUAAGACUAUAUGAAAUCAAAUUAGGUACGAUUGAUAUAGAAAAUGCAAUCGAUACUGAAUGGGCAUAUCGACCAUAUAUGAAUACGGCUAAAAAGCGGCAAUUUUUAAGUGAAAAAUCAAAUGAUGAUUCAGAUAAUGAUGAAGGCAAUGAUUAAUUAAAGAAAAUUAUUUUGUUUGUUUUACA